AUUGUCAAAAAUUAUUUGUAUGUGCUGCGUCCGUUUCGUUUCUUUUAUUUUGUUUAUUGUUACGAUAAGACGAUAAUAUGAAGCAAUGGAUAAAUAAUGCGGGAGCCGUUUUCGGGGCCUGAGACAAACGAAGAAAGAAAGGAGGAAGAAAGGCCGACCACACAGAUAAUACCCCGAAUGCCCCGAACCAAUUAGCAUAAUUAAGGCGCCUGCCCAAUGGCUGACCAUUGAGAGAUACAAUAUCCGAGAAAUACACGCACUUUUGGGCCCCCAUCAUCAACGCGAUCAAAUGCAAAUGAGGCGACAUCAGUCAAGCGGCCGUAAGCGAAAUGUGCAUCUUCGAAAUCAACACGAAAUCUGUGGGCUAGCAAUUGCAUAAUAGAGCUAACCAAACACGACCUCAUUUCCGAAAUCGCAAAACCCCGAUCGACGACGAGCACGACGGCGAAGAUAGAGCCAAAGUUUUGCAUGACGUAUACGCAACGUGGACCGCCAUAAUGGAUCUAAUGGAGCUGCUGCAUCAGCUGUUUCUGCACACACUCGACAUCUUUAAGAUCUACGUCAAGUUCGCCCUGAUCACGCUGGUCAUCUACUUCCUGGCCGAGUGGUAUAUCCUACGAUAUGGGGCCGAAUUGGAGGCCGAACUUGAUGCCCACCUGGUGGAGGGUGCUGAGCUGAGAGAGGAAUCCCCCGAGCGACCCGAAUCGAACAGCACUCUCAGCAAGGUGUUUCGAUUUGUGGUGAACUUUUUCAUCCUCUAGCCGACUCGAUUGAACCCACUUGUCAAGGUCAAUCGCUUAUACAGCUGAAUCGGUUUUGCUUUUUCGCGGAAUUGCAAUUCGAUUCAGC